AGAGAAAAUUUUCCAUUAGAGUACCAAAGAGGUUCUAAGUUUGUCGUCAACAUGGACGCUGUAUUGAUGUGGUUUAUCUGUGUUUGUACAUUACUAUUUGCGGUCUUUUCGUUCAGGUGGUUUUAUGUUGAUGCUGAUGGAGAUCUAACACUCUUGUGGGCUGAAAGAUAUGGAAGGUCACCAGCUGAGUUACGUGGUAAAGUUGCAUGGAUCACUGGAGCUUCUAGUGGAAUUGGAGAAGCAUUGGCUUACGAACUGGCUAAAUACGGAGUCAAACUAGCUUUGUCUGGAACAAAGGUAGACAGGUUGGAAGCCGUAAAGACAGAGUGUCUAGCCCAAGGUCCGUUGAAAGAUGAUGACGUACUGCUAGUGCCCUUUGACAUUACGGACUUUUCCAAGCACUCGGAAUGCUUUGAGAAAGUUGUUGGACACUUCAAAAAGCUAGACAUUUUGGUGAACAAUGCCGGACGCUCUCAAAGAGCCAGAUUUGAUGAAAUCACCACAGAAGUAGACUAUCAACUCUUUGGCACGAAUGUUUUCUCUCACGUAUCUUUGACGAGGGUUGUCCUACCUCAUUUCCUGUCAAACGGAGGCGGCCAUGUUAUGGUCAACAGCAGUAUUGCAGGCAAAUACGGUUUACCUAAUUCAGCAUCUUACACUGGAUCAAAACAUGCUAUUCAGGGAUAUUUCGAGUGUUUGAGAACAGAAUUCGAGGCUAAAGGAGUGAAUGUUACAGUAGCUUGUCCUGGGCCAGUAUUCUCGAACGUGAUAGAACGAUGCUUUACAGGGACCCCUGGAGAGGUGUUUGGUGAAAAGCAGAAAGAGACUGACAAACGAAUGUCUACAUCUCGGUGUGCUCAGUUGAUGGCGGUUGCAUUAGCCAACAACUUAGAUGAAGUAUGGAUUAGUCUGCAACCUUCCCUGUCAAUAUGUUACCUGUCACAGUACAUGCCGACUGUCUUUAGAAGGUGAGACCAUCUUACAGUUUACUGAGAUGGGUAAUCAUUCCAAGGUUCCUCACCCCUCAAAAGUUUGCUAAACUACGAGAAGGAAGAAACUGAUCAUCAUCUUUAGACUAUGUGUACCUACUAAUGUGUGUGUUCUUUCAGAAAUUUCUUUAUGUUUUUUAUGUAUACUAAUACAAGUAGUUCUAAUCUAGUUAUAUGAAUCAAACUUAAAAUGAACGGUAUUAUAAUAUGUAUGUUUACAUUUAAUUUGUAUAUGAUUACCUUUCUUAUCAAUUAAAUUCAUUUCUUGACUUGUGUAAA